UCAGAACAGGAUCCUAACAGAGCGGAGUCAGCAAGAGGAAGAGGAGCCGAGCUUAAUACAGAACAUUACCUCCUCAAAAUCCAUCUUCAUCCUUGGACAAUUAAAACGGAUCCUUUUCAAAAACAGCGAGAGCAUAAAGUACGCAUUUAAACCUCUCCAACGAGCACCAUAUUACCGCAGUAUGAGGUUAGUAGUAUUUUAAAACAAGUGGCGAAAGAUUGUGAGAGCCGACUUCAUCCGGAGACGACAUACAUAACACACAAUUCGUCGCUCGAAGAGAUUUUGAUGCGUUGGAUUUUUUGCCUGUUCUGCUUUUAAACAGACUUGGCCUCUAAACCUGAACGUUUUUUGGAUAUUUUGGAGCUAGCGAGCGUGCUUGCUAGCCAACCACAGAUCGCUUAUAAUGGAGUUGAGAGUGGGAAACCGAUAUAGACUGGGCAGGAAAAUUGGAAGUGGAUCAUUUGGAGACAUCUAUCUGGGCACUGAUAUCUCGGUUGGAGAGGAGGUGGCCAUCAAGCUGGAAUGUGUGAAGACCAAGCACCCACAGCUCCACAUAGAGAGCAAAAUCUACAAGAUGAUGCAGGGUGGAGUGGGUAUCCCGACGAUAAAAUGGUGCGGGGCCGAGGGCGACUACAAUGUGAUGGUGAUGGAGCUGCUGGGGCCCAGUCUGGAGGAUCUGUUCAACUUCUGCUCUCGGAAGUUCAGCCUCAAGACAGUCCUGCUGCUGGCUGACCAGAUGAUCAGCCGCAUUGAAUACAUCCACUCCAAGAACUUCAUCCACCGAGACGUGAAGCCAGACAACUUCCUGAUGGGGCUGGGCAAGAAGGGCAACCUGGUCUACAUCAUCGACUUCGGCCUGGCCAAGAAAUACCGCGACGCCCGCACACACCAGCACAUCCCCUACCGCGAGAACAAGAACCUGACCGGCACCGCCCGCUACGCCUCCAUCAACACACAUCUGGGCAUCGAACAGUCCAGACGGGACGACUUGGAGUCGCUGGGCUACGUCCUCAUGUACUUCAACCUGGGCUCUCUGCCCUGGCAGGGCCUCAAAGCUGCCACCAAAAGGCAGAAGUACGAACGCAUCAGUGAGAAGAAAAUGUCCACUCCCAUUGAGGUCCUCUGCAAAGGCUACCCAUCGGAGUUUGCCACCUACCUGAACUUCUGCCGCUCUCUGCGAUUCGACGACAAGCCCGACUACUCAUACCUCCGGCAGCUCUUCAGGAACCUUUUCCACAGACAGGGCUUCUCCUAUGACUACGUCUUCGACUGGAACAUGCUCAAAUUUGGUGCCAACAGGGCCGCGGAGGACGCAGAGCGGGAGCGUCGGGAGCGGGAGGAGAGGCUGAGGCACAGCAGGAACCCCGGGGCCAGGGGCAUGGCCUCGGCCUCAGGAAGAGCCAGGGCGGCUCAGGACGUCGCAGCCCCCUCGCCACUUAACCCCGCCUCACACACAGGUUUGGAGAAGGAGAGGAAGGUGAGCAUGCGCCUUCACCGCGGAGCACCUGUCAACAUCUCCUCCUCAGACCUGACGGGACGCCAGGAUGCGUCUCGCAUGUCCACCUCACAGGCUCUGUCCCGGGUCACACCCAGCGGCCUCCAGUCUGCAGCUCCUCGGUGAAACCCUCCCAUCCACCUGUGCACCAUGGAGGCCUCAACAUGCACCACCUGCAGCACACACACAUACACACACACACACAUAUACCCCCACACACACAUAUACACACAGGACUCUUAAUUGACACAGAGGACUACCAAGCAUUGCACAGGAGUCUGGCUGCGCUCUUGUUCACUUGACGGAGGAAGAGGUGCACAACCAGGAGUGUGUGUGUGUUUGUGUGUGAGAGAGACGGGCGGGUGGAGCACAGUUUGGUUGUCUUAACCACCUUGGCAAAGUAGCAGCCUCCCUUCUUCUCACAUGGAAGAUGUGGAAACACUCCCCUCCUCCUUACUGUUGAUGAAGCCAUGGAUUCACUUUUCUCUGGCACCCUUUUCUUUCUUUUUUUUUAACUUUGAUUUUACUUAUUUUUGUUUUUUAGCAUUAAAACUUCUCUUACACCAGCUCCACUGGUCAGACUUCACAAGGGUUUGAGAAUGGAGAAUGAUGAGUCUGUUAGCUGUUGAAAAUAGUGUGUGGGACUUUUUUAAUCAUGGAAGCAGGACGACACGUGAUCCAUCAUGGCAGUGUUAAAGGACAGUGCCUCAGCUCUAUUUUGUGUCCUGGAAGAGUCCUUCAGUCCCUUUUUGUAGUUGUUUUAGGUUUAAAUGUAAUAUAGAUAGGGGGAUAACCUCCUCGUUUUAAGACUGGGACAAAAGGAUUUUUAAUGUUCUAUUUUCAAAGGUGAUCCCACAGUAUGAGCUGGGUUUGUUUUUUUUUUUGUCCUCCUCAGGUGUGUUGGAACCAGGAUGUUGUAGUAAAUCCAAAAACACGCUGCACACGUUCUUUCUGUGUUCAGGUUGUGACUGCAGUGUGCUGCUUGGGAAAGCUGUGAAUGGAACAGUGAAAUAGUCGGGAGGUCUAUCUGUCCACAAUGAAUGGAUGACAUGUUGUUUUUAACCCGGUGCAUAGUGAUGUGGUUUUGUGUGUGUGUGUGUGUGUUUAUGUGGUUCUGUCGUAGGCUUGUACAAGCUCAAAUGGGUGGGGAUGGUUAUUCUUUUAAGUUUUAAACUCCUUUGCCUCCUAAACCUCUCUCUCUAGGCCAUUUAACAUUCUGCUGCCAGUUUGGGUCAAAAUGCAGUUUGCUUCUUUUCAAGCACACCUCUAAGCCAUUUUCUACCCCGACCUCGUUCACUGUCUGUCCACCGACAGACCUUGACCUUUCAGGUCGCUGCAGCUUGCCUGUCUGGAUGUGCCUCUCCAGUACUAUCUCAGUGGACAACACAAAAAUCAACCGCACAGGCGCUUAAAUGCUGUCAUUUUCAAAGUACUCGUGCUUGUUGGGAGUUCAGUUUUCACCAUUUACAUUGCACUACUUCGCAGUUUCAGUCAGCCAGCCCUGAGCAAACAAGGAGCUGGUAAAUCCCUGACCAAGACUGCAUCAGAACUCAAUGAUAGAGGCAUAGUAGUGGUUAUUUUUUGUCCGUUGCAGGAUUAUAUUGGAGAAAUGCAUCCUAGUAAGCAAGACAAACGGCGCAAUAGUGAGUUUGGUCCCAAUCCAUUACUUCUAGCUUCACCCCGAUCCAAAUCAUUUCAUAUUGAGAAUGUGCCAUCACGCAAUCCUUUACUACAUGACUGCACAGUGCACAACUAAGCUGUGGGAACUUCAGUAAAGCCAGUCAGUUUAGAUGCUUGAUGUCUGACAGAAGUUAUUAAGCACACUCCACCAGUCCACACAUCAGAAUCAGUUUAUUGUGGAGAGUACUACUCAGCCUGUCUACUGUAGCACUGCAAAAGCUUGACAAAAAGACUAUCGCGUUGCAUUAUGGGAAAUGCAGUAUGCAGUCUUGUUUGAGCCCCCUUCUAGAUACACUGGAUCAUACUGUAUCUUAGCCUGUUUCCUCAGUUCUGACAUUCUUUUAAUCUGUUUUUUGUCACUUAUGGAAGUACAAUUCUAAAUUUUUAGUGUUCCUAAUUUCCACUCUACAGACACUUACUUUUUUAUUAAUUUUAAAAACAGCGAGGUCAGAGAUACAAGGGACAAAAAAAAAAAAAAAACUCAUCAGGCAUAAUGUCAUGUGUACAGUUCAGUUAAACCAUGUCUUGAUCAGCUCUUUGGGACAUCCCCACCAGAUCAGGUCAGACAAGCGAUGUCAGAGUCCAGGUAGAAAACGGACCGGUGUGCUUAAACAUCAGGCUAAAUGGACACGAGGAGGUUUUGGAGAGCUAUGGACCAAGUGUCGUCUUAAGAACGGACAUCACAGCGGAGUCCCGACGGUACUGGAGCUACGGGCCUCGCGCGGCUCGUGUCCUUCCAUCAACAGGAGACUUGUGCUGAGCGGUCAGCCGAGCUGACAAGUGAAUCCGGCAGGUUUUCAAGUAGACAAUUCUCUGUGCUAGACUGGUUGCAAAGUAUUUAGGCCAUUUUCUGUAGUUAAAGGGGGAAGGGGUUGUAGUGGUAAUUUGUACAUGUUCUGUUGUUGUGUAUAGGAUGUGCCUACUCUGUCGACCACGUCCACGUGAGCCGCUGCAGGUUUGGGACGAUGACGACAGUGUAUGGAGGGACUGGGAAUGCCUCACUCCAUUAGAGGUCCUGCGAAAGCAGGCUCUUUUUUUAGUAUACUUCACCUGUGGGCUUGAAAAACAAACAAAAAAAGUGAUGGAUUAUCUUGUUUGUCUCACUGAUGAUGGCUAUGAUAAACGCAAGUACACUUUACGUGGGAGAAUCGUUUCAGUCUGUCACGUCUGCUUCUCUCAGUUAUUAUUUUGUCACCUCCUGUCCUAUUUUGCUUUUAACUGUGCAGUGGAGAUGGUUGCUCAUGUCCCACAAGGCAUCUCUUACUGUGGAUUCAUGGGAAAUCUUUCUUUCCACUCCCACCAUAAGACUUUUGCUCCUCAUUUGUAAUGCCACUGUAUUUGUGUAUUUUAAAAUUGUGUAAAUAAAUUAAUAAGUACUUGUA